AUGUCAAAUGGCUACCCCCGCUCUCCCGUUGCCAUUCAUGCCCCUGCAGAAAGCGAUGUGGUUCCCAAGAGCGAAGCCACCCCGUCGGAACCCAUUGACUCUCAUGCCGUCUCCGAGUCCUCCCCCGAACCCGAUCCCGCAGACGUGUCAUUUGAUGGCGCAUCUCCAAUGUCAGAUGGAGAAGACGAUGAUGCGGUGAUAGAACCUAGUGGUGACGAGUCUAACCCGUCUAGCCGCGAAAAUUCUGCAUUCCCCCACACUGGCCUCGACUCGAAGCGCAGAUCGUCGCCGUUGGAUGAGACCGAGUUGAUGAGACAAAAUCCUGAUCUAUAUGGACUACGUCGCAGCGGUCGGGCUCGAACCACACGCCAUCUGGCCGAUUCAUCGUCAGAUUCCGAAUCCGAUGUCGUUGCUCCACGAGCAAAACGUCGGCGCAAGGAACCAUCCCAACUCUCCAAGGCCUCGCGCUCGGCUACAGCGUCCUCGCUGUCGGAGACAGAUAGCGACGAAUAUGGCGGCAAAAGCGCUCGUGCCAGCAAGGCAAGACGGCGGCGCCUGAAAGAGGCAGCUAGCGUCGAACCUUCGUUCGCCGAGGUGCGGUUUUCCACGAGAAAUGCAUCGCGAAUUAAUAACUAUAACGAGGAUGAUGAUGACUCAAUCUUCGAUGAGGAUGCCGGGGAUACCACUCAAACCUACUGGCUCGACGCUGCUGAAGACACUCGCCCUGCCGUUGAUGUCGUUCUCAACCACCGUCUCAAAGAGGGUGUCGACCCCAACAACCCUGACGUGGGCCGCCAAGACUUCGAGUUCUACAUCAAGUGGCAAGACAUGUCUCAUUAUCACGCCACAUGGGAAUCCAAUGAGUCUCUCGCAAACUUCCGCAGCACUCGUCGCGUUGACAAUUACGUCAGGAAGGUGCUCAUGGAGGAUCUCCGCCUGCAGUACGACCCCAAUGUUCCUCCCGAGGAUCGUGAAAAGUGGAAUCUCGAUCGCGAGCGAGAUGUGGAAGCAAUUGAAGAUUACAAGAAGGUCGAGCGUGUUAUUGGCGUCCGUGACGGUAUUGAUGGCACGACUGAGUACCUUGUGAAAUGGAAACGCCUCUUUUACGAUUCGUGCACCUGGGAAACUGAAGACAUGAUCAGUGAGAUUGCACAACAUGAAAUUGAUCGUUUCAUCGACCGCUCUUCUCGUCACCCUGUCUCCGACAAAACGGAGACUAACCCGGCUACUCGGAGGCCAUUUGAGCCUAUCCACGGCACCCCGAGCUUCCUGCAGAACGGAGAACUCAAAGAUUUUCAGGUCAAAGGCUUGAACUUCUUGGCUUUCAAUUGGGUAAGGGGUCGUAAUGUGGUCCUGGCAGACGAAAUGGGACUUGGAAAAACGGUGCAGACUGUCUCAUUCAUCAAUUGGAUGCGCCAUGUGAGACGGCAACAAGGCCCGUUUAUCGUCAUCGUUCCUUUGUCGACCAUGCCGGCUUGGGCCGAGACCUUUGACAACUGGACUCCAGAUCUGAAUUACGUUGUCUAUAACGGCAGCGAAAGAGCGCGAGCAAACCUCCGCGAUUAUGAGUUGAUGGUGGAUGGCAACCCCAAGAGGCCCAAGUUCCAUGUUCUGUUGACCACUUACGAGUACGCUAUGAAUGACUCGCCUUUCCUUGGUCAGUUCAAGUGGCAGUUCAUGGCUGUCGACGAAGCCCAUCGUCUCAAGAACCGUGACUCUCAGCUCUAUGUCAGGUUGGUUGAGUGGAGCUGCCAGGCUCGUCUGCUGAUCACCGGGACACCAAUUCAAAACAACCUUGCAGAGCUGUCAUCUCUGAUGGACUUUUUGAACCCUGGCCUGAUUCAGGUCGAUGUCGAUAUGGACCUCAAUUCGGAGGCAGCCUCACAGAAGCUUGCUGAGCUUACCGACGCUAUCCAGCCUUUUAUGCUGCGUCGUACCAAGUCUAAGGUCGAGUCUGAUCUUCCCCCGAAAACCGAGAAAAUCAUCCGCGUCGAGCUCUCUGAUGUUCAGUUGGAGUACUACAAGAACAUCCUGACGAAGAACUACGCGGCGCUGAAUGACGGAGCGAAAGGAAUGAAACAAUCACUUUUGAAUAUCAUGAUGGAACUGAAGAAGGCCAGCAAUCAUCCUUUCAUGUUCCCCAACGCCGAGGCAAAGAUUUUAGAAGGGAGUACCCGCCGAGAAGAUAUUCUUCGGGCAAUGAUCACGAGCAGUGGAAAGAUGAUGCUCCUCGAUCAGCUCCUUCGAAAGCUGAGAGGCGAUGGUCAUCGGGUUCUCAUCUUCUGCCAAAUGGUUGGCAUGCUCAACAUCCUCAGCGAGUACAUGGAAUACCGCGGCUACAAAUAUCAACGACUGGAUGGAACCAUCCCUUCCGCGGCGCGUCGCUUGGCAAUUGAACAUUACAAUGCACCGGAGAGCACGGACUUUGCAUUCCUCCUCUCGACCCGAGCUGGUGGUCUUGGAAUCAACUUGAUGACUGCCGACACAGUUGUUCUCUUUGACUCAGACUGGAACCCUCAGGCUGAUCUACAGGCAAUGGCUCGAGCGCACCGUAUCGGCCAGACAAAGCCCGUCAGCGUGUACCGUCUCGUCUCAAAGGAUACAAUCGAGGAAGAAGUCAUUGAACGAGCUCGCAAUAAGCUUCUUCUGGAAUUCAUUACCAUCCAGCGUGGCGUCACUGAUAAAGAAGCUUCCGAGAUGCAGAACAAGAUGGCGCGGGUCGUGAACGAACCCAACUCCACUGACGACAUCUCACGAAUUCUCAAGCGUCGUGGUCAGAAGAUGUUUGAGCAGACCGAUAACCAGAAGAAGCUUGAACAGCUUGAUAUUGAUUCCGUUCUCGCGAACGCAGAAUUGCAUCAAACCGAGGAGACGGAGCAGAUACAAGCCGACGGUGGCGAGGAAUUCCUGAAAGCUUUUGACUUUGUUGAUAUCAAGGUCGAUGAUCUCAGCUGGGAUGACAUCAUCCCCAAGGAACAACUUGAAGAGCUCAAAGCGGAGGAGAAGCGCAAGGCCGACGAGAUAUACCUGAACGAAGUUAUUGAACAAAAUCGGCCUCGCAAACGCCAAGCACCCACCGACUCUCAAGACACGCGUGAAGAACGCAAGGCCAAGCGCCAAGCGCGAGUGCAGGUCAUUGAUGAUGGAGAAGAAUCAGAAGGCGCCUCGCUGGAUCCCAAGCGUCCACUUAGCGAGAAAGAAUAUCGCUCUCUCUCGCGGGCAUUUCUUCGUUACGGUGACAUGGCAGACUGCGAGGAUCUCAUUCUGGAGGAUGCCCACCUGAAAAGUCGUGAUCGGGAAACCGUGCGCGCUGCUCUUCGCGAAAUCACGGACAAAGCUGCCGCACUUGUCGGAGAGAACCAAGCUCAAAUAGACGCUCUCAAGCAACAGGGCAAGAACCUCACCAAAAAGGAAAUGAAAGCGGUUUUAUUUGAUCACCAUGGCGUCAAACGGCUCAAUGCUUGGACUAUCGUCGAGCGCCCUCCCGACAUGCGCCUGCUCCGGGACAUCACCACCUCUGGAACCGAUUUCAAGAGUUUCCGUCUUCCUGAGGCCACUAAGUUGGCAGACUACAGUUGCCCGUGGGGUGCACGUGAGGACGGUAUGCUUUUGGUUGGCAUUGCCCGCCAUGGAUUCGGUGCAUGGACACAGAUCCGCGACGAUCCUGACCUUGGGCUUGGAGAUAAGUUCUUCCUUGAGGAGCAUCGGGUGGAGAGGAAGACCCAGCGCAUGCAUGGCGAUGAGAAAGCCACCAAGUCUCCCGGGGCUGUCCACCUUGUUCGCCGCGCCGAAUACCUGAUGUCGGUCUUGAGGAACAAGUACAGUAAUGGCAGCAACGCGAGCGCCAGGCGUGCUGUGGACAACCACCACCGGAACAACAAGCGCAACUCGCGCGUCUCCGCCAGUGGCAGCAUCUCUGCCUCCCCUGCGCCCUCCGGCUCCCGCAAAGGACACCGCGAAGUGGAUCGCUCCCGAGCACGUUCUCAUACUCAUGGCCACCGGGAUGGUGACCGUCACCACACCCCAAGCCAUGAAGCCCGUCCGCGGUCCGGCCACGAUGCUGAUCGGCCUCGUCAUCGCCUGUCAGAUGCUACAAACGAGGAACUUCGCCGCCGGAAGGGCCAUGAGAAUGGUCAUUCCAGUAAGGAAGACAUGGCAUCCAUAUUCUUUAAGCCCAUCGUUCAGAAUCUGAAGCAAGUGACCAUGAUCACGGCCAAGAACUAUCCGAACAAAGCCGAGCGCGCUCAGAAGUUGCGGAGCACCAUUGUCAAGAUUGGAGAGUUCAUCCACACCACCUUGGAGGGAUCGCGGCCGAUGCCCUCCCUCGAAACGCGUCUCUGGGAGUAUGUUUCUCUCAACUACUGGCCCAACAAAGAGGCCAGUGGCUCCAAGCUUCAGCAGAUGUAUGAGAAGGUCAUGGAGGCGAGCAAGGCCUCCAAGACCUCAUCCAAUGGUGCAUGA